AUGCGAAGAAAGGUAGUUUUACCUUUUUUGAGUGGACGAUGGAUAUCUUCGUGGAACGAUGGAUCUGAUGGAUACGAGUGGAAAUCACGUGCUUUGGCAGAAAAACGUUCCCUUGCCCUUGAAUAUCUAGGAGAUGUUAGUAAAAGAGUACAGAUUCAUGAUGCGAUCCGUUUAAAAGCCGACGUUAACAGAAAAGCUAUUGAAGAUACAGUGAUACCUAAUUUUUUUAACUCAAGUGAUGAAAAUCAAGAUGAUGAUAUUGAUAGAAUUGGUGAAAUUGAUUAUUAUUCUUUACUAAAUAUGGUUGAAGGAGAAAUUGACCCUGAUAGUUUACAACAUCUUAGUUCCUCUGAUGCUUCACUCUUAAGGAAUGAGUUUUUAGAAGAAGAUGAUUCCUCUGAGGCAAAACUUUUAUCCAAAUGGAUUAACUAUCGUCGUGACACCGCCGAUUACCAAAGCUAUGCAUCAGUACCGGAGGAGGAGCGAACGGAAUGGUCUGCGUGGUAUCUCCGUAACGUGCGUGCGACUCCGAGUAAUGAUGAGUAA